AUGACGCCUGAGGACCAGGAGGAAAGCCAGCCGCUCCUGCGGCCGCCGGGGGGCAGCGUCCCCCGCGGCCGCCGCGUCUUCCUCGCCGCCUUCGCCGCGGCCCUGGGCCCGCUCAGCUUCGGCUUCGCGCUCGGAUACAGCUCCCCGGCCAUCCCGAGCCUGCGCCGCGCCGCGCCCCCGGCCCCCCGCCUCAGCGACGCCGCCGCCUCCUGGUUCGGGGCCAUCGUGACCCUGGGCGCGGCGGCGGGGGGCGUGCUGGGAGGCUGGCUGCUGGACCGCGCCGGGCGCAAGCUGAGCCUCCUGAUCUGCACGGUCCCCUUCGUUGCUGGCUUUGCCGUCAUCACCGCCGCCCAAGAAGUGUGGAUGCUGCUCGGGGGCCGCCUCCUCACCGGCCUGGCCUGCGGCGUGGCCUCGCUAGUGGCCCCGGUCUACAUCUCUGAGAUCGCCUACCCGGAAGUGCGGGGGCUGCUGGGCUCCUGUGUGCAGCUGAUGGUCGUCUCAGGCAUCCUCCUGGCCUACCUGGCAGGCAGGAUCCUGGAGUGGCGCUGGCUGGCCGUGCUGGGCUGUGUGCCCCCCUCCUUCAUGCUGCUGCUUAUGUGCUGCAUGCCCGAGACCCCGCGCUUCCUGCUCACUCAGCACAAGCACCAGGAGGCCCUGGCUGCCAUGCGCUUCCUGUGGGGCUCUGAGCAGGGCUGGGAAGAGCCCCCUGUCGGGGCUGAGCACCAGGGCUUCCAGCUGGCCCAGCUGAGGCGGCCCGGCAUCUACAAGCCCUUCGCCAUCGGCAUCUUCCUCAUGGUCUUCCAGCAGCUGUCGGGGAUCAACGCCGUCAUGUUCUACGCCGAGACUAUCUUUGAGGAGGCCAAGUUCAAGGACAGCAGCCUGGCCUCCGUCAUCGUGGGCGCCAUCCAGGUGCUGUUCACGGCCGCAGCCGCCCUCAUCAUGGACAGAGCUGGGCGCAGGCUGCUCCUGGCCUUGUCAGGUGUGGUCAUGGUGUUCAGCACCAGUGCCUUUGGCGCCUACUUCAAGCUGAUGCAGGGCAGCCCCGGCAACUCCUCACACGCCAACCUCCUGGCGCCCGUCUCCAUGGAGCCUGCCGACCCCAGUGUAGGGCUGGCCUGGCUGGCGGUGGGCAGCAUGUGCCUCUUCAUUGCUGGCUUCGCUGUGGGCUGGGGGCCCAUCCCCUGGCUCCUCAUGUCUGAGAUCUUCCCUCUGCAUGCCAAGGGCGUGGCCACCGGCGCCUGUGUCCUCACCAACUGGCUCAUGGCCUUUCUGGUGACAAAAGAGUUCAGCAGCCUCAUGGAGGUGCUCAGGCCCUAUGGAGCUUUCUGGCUCGCCUCCGCCUUCUGCGCCAGCAGUGUCGUUUUCACUUGGUUCUGCGUCCCGGAAACCAAAGGGAAGACUUUGGAGCAAAUCACAGCCCAUUUUGAGGGGCGAUGA